AUGUGUUACCUUACAGAUAGGAACCUUGGGAGGUUUUUCACAACGAGCUUUGGACUAUCCCUGUACCAGACCCGUGGGCUUGGAAGUGAUGCUAGUCUUAAGGCCACACGAAACCCUAGCAAACCAGGACUAUCCUCAGCCCAUGCAUGUCCAAUGAAGCCAGCAUUUAAUGCCACAAGAGAUGUCUUCUCACCAAUAUCAAACGCGCUAAACAAAAACGAGGAGAAGAGAAGCAGACCAACCCAGCAACCCAGCAACCAAAUAACAUCACUCUCACCCCAUUCUGUCUAUACGCAUAACCAAACACCCUUGCUAAACAAAAGGGCACCCUCCUCCUCUCCAAACGCAGAAUGGCAAAAGACAAAGCUCCACCUCAUAAAAAUGAAAUCGGAACACCACGCAAUCCAAACGAUGCUCUAUCGUCCCGAAACCCUCUCCAACACCUAUCCAAAAGCUAUCCAAGAGGAAGAUGAUCCAAUGAGGUCAGUGCUUGGUUGCAGGUUGACCGAGUCAAUACCACCAAAAUUAAGGUAG